AUGAAAGAAGUCAUACUAGAGAGAAAUCUUCUGAAUAUACUCUAUGUAGUAAAGACUUUGCAUGUCAAAGUCAUCCUCAAAGGCAUGAAAGAAUUCAUACUGAAGAGAAACCCUAUGCAUGUAAUCAACAUGGUAAAGCUAUUGCACUUUUCAGUAGUCUCCAGUUACAUAAAUGAAUACAUGCUGGAGAAAAACUCUAUGAAUAUAACCAAUGUGGUAAAGCCUUUGCAUAUAGCAAUGAUCUUCAAAGACAUGAAAGAACACAUAUUGGAGAGAAACCCUACAAAUGUAAUGAAUGUGAUAAAGCCUUUGCUCAUCAUGGUCAUCUCAGAAUACAUAAAAGAAUACAUGCUGGAAAGAAGCCCUGUGAAUAUAAUCAAUGUGGUAAAGCAUUUCUAUGUCAUAUUCAUCUUUAGAGGCAUGAAAGAAUACAUACUAGAGAGAAAUCUAAUAAAUGUAACAAAUGUGGUUAAACCUUUUCACAUCACAGUGGUCUCCAAAUACAUUAGAGAACACAUACUGGAGAGAAACCCUAUGAAUGUCACCAAUGUCGUAAAGCCUUUGCAUAUCACAGUCUUCUAUAAAGGCAUGAGAGAAUUCAUACCCUAUAAGAAAAACCUGAUCAGCAAGCAUCCUGGAAUUCCUGGAAAUAUCCCACCCUAUGCUAAGGAGAUCUUAGUUUUCAGCAACGCCCUUCAAUUGUACCUGGAGCCCUUUCCCCCUGGAGAGGAUGUUACAGUGACCCAUGAUGGGACACAGCACAGUGACUGCACUGAGGAGGAUGUUAUGGUGACCCCACUGGUGGGGACAAAACAGUGA